AUGGAAUGGAUUAAUGAGCAGCUGCAGCGGCUACAUGUUGAGGCUGCUGCUAAGGAAGCGAAGCUGGACGACCUGGAGAAGGAGCUUUGCAAGAAACCCGAGGACCAUGUCCUCCGUGGCAAACACGCCCGGUUGGUGGAGAAUCUCGCAGACCUAAAUGCCCGCCAGAAGAAUCUAGAGGAGAAGUUGGCAGCUGCGGCUAUGGGUGGCUCUGGCGUUGUUGCUGCUGCGGCUACGGAUGGCUCUGGCGUAGUUUCUGUCACUUGUGAAUGCCCAAUUAUCAACAUUGCCGCACCAAAACAUGCCUUGUUCAGAAACCUAAACCUAAGGAUAAGGCACACAGCUGCAGCCUAG